GAUUGGCCCGCGGUUAGUGGUUCUCUUUUCCUCCCUGGCUGCCUAAAGCUCGACCGCCAUCAUGAAUGACACAGUAACUAUCCGGACCAGGAAGUUCAUGACCAACCGACUACUUCAGCGGAAACAGAUGGUCAUCGAUGUUCUUCACCCCGGAAAGGCAACAGUACCUAAGACAGAAAUUCGGGAAAAACUAGCCAAAAUGUACAAGACCACACCAGAUGUCAUCUUUGUAUUUGGAUUCAGAACCCAUUUUGGAGGUGGCAAGACAACUGGCUUUGGCAUGAUUUAUGAUUCCUUGGAUUAUGCAAAGAAAAAUGAACCCAAACAUAGACUUGCACGACAUGGCCUGUAUGAGAAGAAAAAGACGUCGAGAAAACAGCGGAAGGAACGCAAGAACCGAAUGAAGAAAGUCAGGGGAACUGCAAAAGCUAAUGUUGGUGCUGGCAAGAAGGUAUUGUUCAUCAAGGAGAACACAGAAAUGUCAGUUGCAGGUCUUUAGUUUCUAGAGAGGAGGGAUUUGUUUUCUUAAUAACCUUUUUUAAUGUUUUUUCUUUUCCCACUUCUUCUGGAUUACAGAAGGUAACGUGUUUUGAGACGCUACACGAUGUAGUAUCUUAACACCUCACUAGAGUAGCUUUGCCCACCCUUUGUCAGCUCACAGAUUUAGCACAACACGGGCCACAUCGGUUCAGUCAUCUUGGUGGGCAUCUUGCAAGCCCUAUCAGGAAAAGUUUCCCAUUUUACUGCUAAUUGGUUUAGACUGUGAAUGGGGAAGUAUGUCUGGUUCCCGGAGAUUCAAUUUAUUUGCUUAAAACGGAUAACUGGUUUAAGAAGCUGUUGAAUCAAUGUGGCCCAUGUUCUCCUGGCAUGCUGGAGAGGCAGCUGAGAGAUCUCAAUUGCUUUCCUCUCCGGUUAGCCAAGACUGAAGUGAUUUUAAUGACAAGCAGCUUUUUACCAGCUUUGCUAGCUAACUGUAAAUAAUAGUUGAAUGGAAUUAAGGUGCUGGGUUGUUAAAUUAACAAAUAAUCAAGUGUUCUGUGAACUUUUUUUUUUUUUUUUUUUGCCUUUUCCCUCUACUUUCUUGGAUUUCUUGUUCAUCAGAAAUGAAGUGUCUAGCAGGUACUGAGAUUGUGAGCACGGUGUGGGGAUGCAUCACCUUCACAGAGUUUGCUUUGAUGCUUUGCAUGUUGGCUUUUGGACAACAAGAGUUUUCUGUAGUAUGGUGUUUUAUAAUUGAAAUGCUAUGUUUUAAAAUGGUAGAUUAUGAGCAAAGGAGAAAAACUUCUAAUCUCGUUUAUUUUGGAAACUCAAAAAUGCAUGUUAUGUUGCGAAGUGACCUGGUGGAGGAAGGUGGGUACUCUACCAAGUAGGCACCUUUUAAUUUGUACUGGGAAAUGCUGUGCCCCAGUUACAUACCCAGGAAAUGGCUUUGGUUGAUACAGGGCUUGGGAAGGGUUCUCUCAUUUUUUUUUUGUCAACAGUCUUUCCCUUAGGGACCCUGGGACUGGUUGAUUUCAUUGGCAGCUCUAGUCUAGGAAAUCUGGCAAAGCAUCUGUCCAGGAAGCAUUUGCUCAAUAGAAUGGCCUUGUACCAUUCUAUUGCUUUUUCUUUUCUUUUCUUUUCUUUUUUUUUUUUUUUAAGUUUUUAAAGUUUAUUUAUUUUGAGAGAGCGCAAGGGAGGGAAGGGUGGAGAGAGAGGCAGAGGGAAUCCCAGACAGGCUCCAUACUGUCAAUGCAGGGCUGUAUGUCAUGAUGGUGCGAUCAUGACCUAAGCUGAAAUCAAGAGUUGGAGGCUUAACCCGAGUGAGCCACCCAGGAGCCCGUACAUUGCUUUUUAUUGACCUCCGAUUUUCCAUCUGCUGUCCCAUUUUUCUUUUAAUUGAAAAAAUUCCAAGGUAAUUGUAUAUUCACACCAAGGUUUUCGACAAAUACGCUUUUUCUAUAACUGUCUGGUCACAGUAGUUCACUACCCCAUGUUAACCAUUUUUGUGCAUUUGAGCAGCCCCAAUCCAUAGCAUGUGAAGUGGGCUAAGACUGGGUUGGAGGGUAGUAGGGUUUUGAAACACUGUAGUCACUGUCCCUUUGUGCUUCCUCUAGCGAUGACUCCCUGUCAGGCAGUGAAUGUGUUAUGCCUGCCCACCUCUCUAAUCACAUUGUCUUCCCAGCCGUGGAGUUCUAGUAAUGGAUGAACUGCCAGAGGAACUACUUGCUGCUUAGAACUGCUCCCUGUUUGUGAGGCUUAUACCUGUCAACGGAAGUCCCAGAGGUUGCAAAAAGAUUCAGUCAGUGGACUGAUCUAGACCAAAGGACAUUUAACCCGUUCUUGUCUUCAUUCAGCCUUUGAGACCUGUGUGUUAGUGCUUGACGGUGACGUGUGCGGAGGGGCUACCUCUGUGGACCUGAGCAUCACUGUCCCUACUUCAGGUUGCACUGGUGCCUUUCACUAGCAUAGCUCUGAAAACCUGCCUGGGAGAUGAAUGCAUAAAUAUGCACGUGUAUUUGACUCAAAAUGGCCAGGCAUACUGAUGUUAACUUUUGUUUUUGUUUGGAUGUUGAAAUUGGUAUUUGCUCUUAGCUUUUGGGUACGAUAGUUUUUUUUCUUUUUUUUUUUUAACGUUUCAUUUAUUUUUGAGAGAGGGACAGAGGGUGAGCAGCAGGCUCCGAGCCUUCAGCACAGAGCCCAACGAGAGGCUUGAACUCACAGACUGGGAGAUCACGAUAGAGUUGUUUUAAAUGAAGGAAUAAAUAGUCUCGCUUUUGAAGAGCAUUUGAAGCCUUUUCAUCGACUGAGUUUUGCCUUUUUAAAAACUAACUCGUACUGCUUUCGGUGGCUGUGAACAGUGACGUUUAAAGUAUUGAACUGAGACAGGUUUUAGGCUUGCUUGAUCAUUUAGAGUUCUCUCUGAGGCUAAAUUAAUUUAGAUUCUUGUGUGGGAUGCUUCCCAGGUCUGUUGAUGGUGCUUGUGUGCCCAGCAUGAUGUUGCUGAGCAGAGCAGGAAGGAUAAGGGUCAGGCAUGUGUACUUCAUGUAUAUGUAGGCGGUGGCAGCUUGGGUUGGCACUGCCGUUGGCAUGAUCUCUUCAUUGUGAAGUCCUCGUGCCACUUUGUUUACAUAAGAACGGUAGUAAUCAUGCGAGGUAUUCUCAGAAUGGGGGGGAAUAAAAUCAGUGAGUGUCUGAAGAGUGUUUGGUAUACAAUUACAAAGAAAACAGUCAUUUUUAAGGUGUCUGAUUGCAUGCAUGUAAAUGCAGAUUAUUUUGGAGUUUGAAAAGGGACUAUUAAUGAAAUGUUUCUUUUCCUUCUUCCCUCCUUUCUCCCUUCCCUGCCACUGAUUCAGUGAGCUGGAGAUUGGACAACAGGUAUAAUUUAAGCUUUUCAUGUAGAUCAUUAGACUUGUUUACUGAUAAUGGUAAUUUAAAACUAUAGAGCAUGUGAAAUGGUUUUAGAAGUCCACUUACAAAUUCUCUCAAGAAGUGUAGACUUUUAAAUACUGAUAAUUACAUGGUUUUGUUUUUAAAACCUAGUAGUAUUUAACUGCUUUUUUAUUUCAUUUCUGACUUGAAUGCUUGCAAGUUUUAUUUCUUGAUGCUUCCCUUGUGUUAUCACAAAGUUAAUAUUCUAGGUUACUAAUACUUCUUCUGCAUGAGCGUCAUUAAGUUUGGAGUUUGUUGAAGGGUUUGAACUUUAAUUUUCAGGUUUUUAAAGGUGGUUAACUAACUAAAUUUUUCUUUUUCUUUGUUCCACAGAAGGAGUAAAGAUGCUUCAGGGACUAUCUGGCGUUUGUGCAGAUUUUUCAUGAGGGGAUUAAUAAACUAAGAACUUUUAUGUG